AGCCUCCUUCCAUCUGAUGCCACACAAUUCCUAGAUUUGAUAGUUUUUCUCUGUGCCUUCUGAAACAUCGUCCUCGGUGAACACAGGGGGGAGGAGGAGGAGCCAUGAACGCUAUCUUCUCGAGCUCCCCGGUUCUUCUCCGAUCAUCUCUCCCACCAGCUCGUGCAGUUUCCCCGGCCGCCUCCAUAACCGCUAAACCUCUAAGCUGGAGUCAUCACACCUCCGCCGCGGCCAAUCUCCACCGCCUUUCGCUCAGGUCCGGUCGGCGAAGCAGGAGUCUCUUCGCUGGAGCCGUGUUGCCGACGAUAAGGUGCGGCGGUAUCCAGGAGAUCGGAGAAACCGAGUUUUCGAGUACGGUUCUGGAAUCGGACCGUCCGGUUCUGGUGGAGUUCGUCGCGACAUGGUGUGGUCCCUGCAGGUUGAUUUAUCCCGCCAUGGAAUCGCUCGCUCAGGAAUAUAGUGACAGAAUGACGGUUGUAAAGAUUGAUCACGAUGCCAAUCCACGAUUAAUAGAAGAAUACAAGGUUUACGGUUUACCGAGUUUCAUCCUCUUUAAGAACGGGAAGGAAGUUCCUGGGAGCCGGAGGGAAGGCGCAAUCACGAAGGCCAAACUUAAAGAGUACAUAGACAGUCUCUUGAACACGAUAUCUGUUGCUUAGUUACCUCUCUUCCACGGGUAAUCCCAUCCCACCAGUCUCAACACCUUUUGUGAAUGUGAUUAUGUAACAGAACCCUCUUUUGAGUUUCUCGUUUGGAAUGUAACUCCAUAAAUCUAGACUUCAUUGCUUGUACAAAUUGGGGAUCCAUUCUGCCUCCACAGGUGUAAAUUAGGAAUCCGUUGAAUGCUGGUUCUGAGAAUGAAAACUUCCAUGAUAGCAUUUUGGCUUUUUG